AUGAGCGCUUUCACAAAACUCAAGCAUUACACAAGGAGAUCCCUUUUCCAAGCAUUCAUCCUAGGUAUGCUAUCAUUCACACAACCAGGUAUUUGGACAGCAUUAAAUAUCAUGGGUGCAGGUGGUUUAAUCACAACUACAACUGCAAAUGUUGCAAAUUCAGUUUUAUUUGCAGUUAUGACUAUAACAUCCCCAUUCUUUGCUGUAUUGGCAAAUAAAAUUGGUUUGAAAUGGUCCCUUGUUAUUGGUGUUAUUGGUUAUGUUCCAUAUUCUGCUGGAUUAUAUCUUAAUAGUAAAAAUGGUGCUCAAUGGCUUGUUAUGUUGGGGGCUGUUACUUGUGGAUUUUCUGCUAGUUUAUUUUGGGUUGCUGAAGGUACAGCAGCUGUCCUGUAUCCUUCAAAUAAUGAAAGAGGGUUAUUUAUUGGUAUUUGGCAAUUUAUAAAUAAAUUUGGGUUAGUUAUUGGUGGUGCUAUUGUUCUUGCAUUAAAUAUUCAUACUUCUACAAAAGGUGGUGUUAGUUUAAAUACUUAUGCUGCUUUUAUUGCGAUUCAAUGUGCUGGUAUCCUGUUUGUUUGGUUUUUUGUUAAACCUGAAAAAGUUAUACGUGAUGAUGGAACUUCAGCAAGAUCAAACAUUGGUAAUGAAUCUAUAAAGGAUCGUUUUAAGAAAUUAGGUCAAGUUUUCAAGAAGAAAGAAGUCUGGUUAUUAGCUCCUUUAUCAUUAGCAAAUAUGUGGUUUAUGACAUGGCAAGGGAAUUAUAUUACUACGUAUUUUUCAGUUAGAUCUCGUUCUUUAAAUACUUUAGUAACUGCAUUUGUUCAAAUGUUUGCAGAUAUAAUUGUGGGGUUAUUAUUAGAUACUAAAUAUUUUUCUGUGGAAACCAAGAAAAGAUGGUCAUGGCAUAUUAUUAGUUUCUUGAUGACUAUGUAUUUCGUUUAUUCAAUUAUUAUUCAAUCCAUUUAUGAUAAAAAUCCAGUUAGUGGAUUAGAUUGGACAGAAUCUGGUUUUGGUAGAGGAUUCAUACCAUUUGUUUUAUUUAAAUUAUUCGCUGAAGCAUUAAAUAAUUGGAUGUAUUGGAUUAUAGGGACAAUGAAUUAUCAUUCAACAGAAUUAACUUAUGUUGUUUCUAUAAUUCGUGGUCUUGAAUCAAAUGGUGAAAUGUGGGCGUUUGUUAUUGGUGCAGUUAAUCCAAAUUUAAUGGUUUCGUUAGCUGUUAGUGCUGGUGUUUUUUGGUUAACUGUACCUCCUGUAACUUAUCUUGUUCAUUUUGUUGCUGAUGAUGUUGCUGCUAAGAAUAUUGAACGUAAUAAGGUAUUAGAUGAAGAAUUUAAGGAUAAAGUUGAUGGAAUUGAAGGAAGUUUAGGGAAUGAUAGUGUUCAAUCUGAUGAAGUUGAGGUUGAAGAAAGUCUAGUUACUGAAAAGAAAUAG